ACGACAUGCAUACACCUGUCUUUCUCAUACAUGUAGCAGUGGGAUUGAUUUCGUCAUCUGGAUACCAAAUCAUAUCUCAGAAUAUGGAUAGCGAGCAGGCUAAGGACGUAUUCGGCUGUCAACAAACUGGAACAUGUCAGCAGUAUCAAUCCAGUUGUGCAGUAGAUGGAGACAUUAACACGUGUACAAGGUCAGCACCUUUUGGAGCUAGAAAUCCAGAUCAAUCGACAUGGUGGUAUGUUAACCUUGAGAAAGUACUCAGCAUCUUCAGCAUCAGAAUACAGUUCAGAGACUAUGGAGUACAAUAUGUCAUGAGACAAAGAGGGCGUUUUGCUGGUUUUUCGCUGUAUGUGUCAAACACAACUAUAAAGGAAGAUGGGUAUAUCUGUUACAAGAACGGACAGGAGUUACCGACCUUGGAUUUCAGUACAACUUGCGUCAAACAUGGACGUCACAUUAUAUUUUAUAAUGAAAGACUUGGCGGAACGACUUAUCCUACCGGAUAUGAAACAGCUAUAGUUUACACUGAAUUAUGUGAAGUAACUGUAACAGGUUGUAAAGAAUCCGGUGUGUAUGGAUAUAAUUGUGAUCUACCCUGUCCAAACAACUGUCAGGAAAUGAGAUGUGACAUUGUCAACGGAACGUGUUUGGGUUGUACUGCAGGAUGGGUGGGUGACUUUUGUAACACAUCCUGUCCAGCUGGAUAUUACGGUUUACAGUGUGGAUCUACGUGUACUGGACACUGCAGAGAGAACCUGUCUUGUAAUCACAUCACUGGACAAUGUGACUAUGGAUGUGGUAAUGGAUGGAUAGGAAUACAUUGUAACACACAGUGUCCUGCAGAAUCACACGGUCCGGAUUGUGUGUAUAACUGUAGUGGACAGUGUCUGAGUUACCUCCCCUGUAACAGGACAACAGGAAGAUGUGACGGAGGCUGUAAUCCAGGAUAUACCGGGGACAUCUGUGACAAAGCAUGCUCAGUUGGCCGGUACGGACUGAAUUGUUCAGAGAGCUGCAGUUCCCAUUGUCGAUCUGAAAGUAAUCAUUGUAACCACAGAGACGGACAUUGUGCACAUGGAUGUGACGAUGGAUUCCAAGGAAGUAAAUGUGAGGAAAUUUGCAUUGAUGGCUGGUAUGGAGAAAACUGCUCUGUACUAUGUAACGAGAACUGUGUCAAUCAGUCAUGUGACCACAUCACAGGCAGCUGUGUAUACGGAUGUAAACCGGGAUAGAGGACUCCCAACUGCGAACAGAAAUGCUCAGUAAAAACGUACGGCAAAGGUUGUGGAAAUCACUGCAGCAGUCAUUGCAGAUAUAUGACAUGUAAUCCAAUCAAUGGAUCUUGUUUGGAGGGCUGUAUUCCCGGUUACUUGGGAAGUUUCUGCAACAAACCAUGUGACGAAGGAACAUAUGGACUCAACUGCGCCCAGAAUUGUUCUCAGAACUGCGUCGGCUUUUGUGAUUCUGUUGACGGAUCCUGCACUUGUUCCUCUGGGUGGACAGGGUUCCCUACCUGUAAUGAAAAAUGCUCCAUGGGAAGCUAUGGCAAAGAUUGUGGAAAUCACUGCAGCAGUCAUUGCAGAAAUAUGACAUGUAAUUCAAUCUCUGGAUCUUGUCUGGAGGGCUGUACAUCCGGAUACUUAGGAAGUUUCUGCAACAAGCCAUGUGACAUAGGAAGAUAUGGAAUAAACUGCUCCAAGAAUUGUUCUCAGAACUGCUUCGGUAAAUGUGAUAAUGUUGACGGAUCCUACACACUUUCCUCUGGGUGUGCGGAGUCCCCUGACUGUAGUGAAAAGGCACCUAUUGUCAGUAAUGACGAGUAUAGUACCCCGGAUGCAUACAUCACAGCCUUGUCUAUCUCACUGGUUAUCAACUUUAGCCUGUUCGUUGUCAUUCUUAUAUUAUUGAGGCUACUCUAUAACAGGAAACAAGAGAUGCGUUCGUCUGACUAUGUUACUAGUGCCGAAAUAUCACCGCCAUUACAAGUCAGCAAUAACGAUGUACACCAGUAUCAGGAACUCAACAUUCCCAAUGAUAGUUCAUAUCAGAAUCUCUCAUUAAGAGAUCGUUCAUAAAAUGCUUUUUGAAUUAAACUGAUUCUUCUCGUUUUCA